AUUGCUAUGGAAGUGUGGAGAGUGUUUGCAUGUAUAAAGCUGGUGAUGAGAGAAAGCUGACGUGCAGUCGAUGCUACGGCACUAAGUAAACGAGUCGGGUACGGCCUUGCAUGCUCCACACGUCUACGAUUCCAACAUGCCUUCCUACAAAGUCGUGUACUUCGAUGCCCGCGGGAGGGCAGAGCCGGCCCGCAUGAUGCUUCAUUUCGCGGGCCAGAAGUUCGAAGACGUCCGCUACAAUGCCGAAGAGUGGGCUAAGCACAAGCCGACGACUCCAUUUCAGCAGCUACCGUACUUGGAGGUCGACGGGAAGAUUAUCCCUCAGAGUAGUGCCAUGCAAGGCUUCUUGGCCAGGGAGCUCGGUUUGAACGGGGCCAACAACGAGGAGACGACCAAAAUUGACUUGGUUGGUGCCGUGGUCGCUGACAUCGUUGAUCCGCUGACUAAGAUCCUCUUCUAUGAGAAAGACGAAGCCAAGAAGAAGGAACUAUCGGCCACUUACUACGGCGAGACAGCUCCUCGAUUUCUGAAGGGGUUGGAGGAGAUCUUGAAAACAAACAACGGCGGUGACGGCUUCUUCGUCGGCUCUAAGAUCUCCCGGGCUGACAUCAUCUUCUACGUGGGCAUGGAAGCUUUCCGUAACGACGACGUCUUGAAACAGUACCCGAAGCUUUACAGCCUGAAGGAACGUAUUGCCCAAGACCCCAAGAUCGCUGCUUACUUGAAAGAUCGCCCCCAAACACAAUUCUAAGCAGAUAGAUCCACUUUUCUUGACUGACAGAAUAAAAACAGAAUCAAACACAGAGUAGAGUCAAUUUGAUAGAGAGGGCUUUGUUGCCCUCAUAUUUGGAACCGAAACAUUCAUGUUUAAAACGUGGUUUGAUACGGCUCCACAUUUUGCACAUAUUUGGCACUUUUCCCUGAUUGAUCAAAAAACACGUUAAAACACAAAACCAACCACUUGUUGGCUGAUUGAUUGAUACAAGCAUACAAUAUUGAUACAAUGAUUGGCUUUGAUUAAUCGAAGACGGUGCAAGAUGUGGAGGAAAGGGUAAUGAAAUAUGGUUUUGUUGGACUUUGAAUGACAUGCACGGCCCUUUUUAAAUUUUCACAGAAGAGUAUGUAUAUUUCUGUUUUGAUAGAGUUACGUCUAUUUCUCUUUUCUAGCGCUUAAGACCUUCCCCAAAAAUGUUUUAGGUAGUAAUGGGCACCUCAUUUAAGACUCGACCGGUUUUCCAAUAUGUAAAUGCCUGUCAUGACUCUAACAAUGACGAGUGGUGUACAAAUAUGGAUGCAUUCAUACGCCUCUUUCCGAAAAGCCCAUCAGGGUUUCGCAGCACAAAACAUUCUAAGAAAUCCUUUCCAAAGUUACCCCUUACAAUAAAAGCUUAUCGGGUUGAGAAGA